AUGAUUUUCCACCUCAUUCUUGUCUACUUUUUGAUCUCAUUCGUCCAGGCGCAGAAUAAAUGUAUAACCAACGAUGACGAUAGAUAUAUUGACGGAGCAUGCUUCACAUUCUUCAACAUACCUCUAAACUUCACUGCGGCUCAAGAAUACUGUCAGCAUCAUGCUCCAAGUGCAUGGUCAAUACUGGCAAAGGAGACAUCGGAUACUCAGGCAAUUUGGUUGGCGAAAAUAGCAGUGACAGAAUUCGAAAUGAACAGUGGUUACUUCUGGAUUGGUGUAUACCGUGAAACGACUUAUGACAACUUCAAAACGAUGGACGGUUUCUAUUUGAGAUAUCAAAGAUUUGCUGUUAUGAACCCAUCGAUGAAUUAUGUGGCUGCGAGGACGUCAGAUGGAAAAUGGUAUACACUUCCAGAAGAGAGACGUCUUCCGUUUGUAUGUAGUUAUUAUCCAACUAACGUGGUACAAACAGCUGCGAAUGCACCGAGAGUGUUAAAGUCAUUAAAGGAGUUGUUUUAUUUGUAA